CGGUCUGCGGGGCGAUGUGAGAGCGGCGGCGGCGGCGGGCCCUGUCGCGCUCCCCCAGCCGCGCUCCCCCAGCCGCGCUCCCUUCGCCUCCCCUCGCUCGCGCCGUCCCUGCGGCGGCAGCGGCGGCGGCGGCUCCCGCCGGCCUCCGCGGCCGGGCCCCGCGUUAUGUCGUGAUCCCGGGCGGGCGGCGCUGCUGCUGCUGCUCAUGGGGCUGCUCAGGAUUAUGCUGCCGCCCAAGUUGCAGCUGCUGGCGGUGCUGGUCUUCGGGGUGGCCGUGCUCUUCCUGGAGAACCAGAUCCAGAAGCUGGAGGAGUCCCGCGGCAAGCUGGAAAGAGCUAUUGCAAGACAUGAAGUCAGAGAAAUAGAGCAACGUCAUACAGUAGAUGGCCCGCGACAAGAUGUGACACUGGAUGAAGAAGAUGAUGUGGUGAUUAUUUACAACAGAGUACCUAAGACUGCCAGCACAUCCUUCACAAACAUUGCCUAUGAUCUUUGUGCAAAGAACAAAUAUCAUGUUCUACAUAUCAAUACAACCAAAAAUAAUCCUGUUAUGUCUCUGCAAGAUCAGGUCCGAUUUGUGAAGAAUGUGACUUCCUGGAAGGAAAUGAAACCAGGAUUUUACCAUGGACAUAUAUCUUACUUGGACUUUGCAAAAUUUGGUGUUAAAAAGAAACCAAUUUACAUAAAUGUCAUAAGAGAUCCUAUAGAACGACUAGUUUCUUAUUAUUACUUUCUGCGUUUUGGAGAUGAUUACAGACCAGGGCUACGGAGGCGAAAACAGGGGGAUAAAAAGACCUUUGAUGAAUGUGUGGCAGCUGGAGGUUCAGACUGUGCUCCAGAGAAACUUUGGCUUCAAAUUCCGUUCUUCUGUGGCCACAGCUCCGAAUGCUGGAAUGUGGGAAGCAGAUGGGCUUUGGAACAAGCCAAAUACAAUCUGAUUAAUGAAUACUUCCUAGUGGGAGUUACUGAAGAGCUUGAAGACUUUAUCAUGUUAUUGGAGGCGGCUUUGCCCCGGUUCUUCAGGGGUGCCACAGAACUGUAUCGUACAGGAAAGAAGUCCCAUCUUAGGAAAACAACUGAGAAAAAACUUCCCACAAAAGAAACUAUUGCCAAGCUACAACAGUCUGAAAUCUGGAAAAUGGAGAAUGAGUUCUAUGAAUUUGCACUGGAGCAAUUUCAGUUUGUCAGAGCACAUGCAGUUCGGGAAAAAGAUGGAGAACUGUAUAUUCUGGCUCAAAACUUUUUCUAUGAAAAGAUUUACCCUAAAUCAAACUAAGAACACUAUACUGUUAGAUUUAUGGACCUAAAUCUUUGGUCACAUCGUCAUCUUAGUCCUCAGCCAUGGAAACUAGAUUGCUUGUAGACCUCCAAGAUGUUUCUUUAUAGAUCUGAGAAAAGUGGGCUGUGGAUCACCUCCAGGGCAUUGGAUACCAGCUAACUAUGUUGGUAAUCCAGAAGCAAAGGCUUCAUUUCUUUUAUCUAACUAGUACUUUCAGUGGGAGUUAAUAUCCUUUACCUGAAGAAAUCUACACUUUAAUUCGGAGCAAUUAAUAUACAGCAGUUCUAGUUGAAAAUAUAAACAAACAAAAAAUGCUUCUGUUGAUGCUCUUUUUAAUUUUCAUUUCUUUAUUUUCAUUUAUACUUCUGUGAAGAGGAAAUAAUUUUUCCCAGCUUUCAACAUGGAAAUUUUGAUUGUGUACAACAUGAGUAGUGUUAAUAACUGGUUGACAUCUGUGCUUUGUUUUUGUGAACCAUGUCACAUGAUAUUGAUUGGGAUGGUUAAUCAUGUUCUGCUGAGAAAUGCUGCUGCUGCUGGAAUUGCCCAUAUUUAUAUAUGUGGUUUUAUUAAAAAAUUACAACUAAUCAUUAGUGUUAAAACAUCAUUUCCACGUUAAUAUUGUAAAAAGUUAAAGAAUCAGAGCAGUGAGGGUUUUGUUUUAUUUUCUAUCCCCACCACCACUGACUGAGGUUGGGAAAACUAUGAAGAAAGUUGGUAUUGUCUGCAGUUCUAGUUGAUCCUUACACAGUGGUAUAAAAAUCAUAAAUUCAGUAUUAAGUUUCUCCAUGGAUUCUUUGUAAUAAUUGUAAACUGAGGUAUUGGUGAAUCCAUAUUAUGACUCCAUUAGUGAGCUGUGGUAUGGUUAGGGUUUUCCUACUACUUCGAUACUUUUACCUGUAGAAUAUUUUUACUAAGGUGCUUUAUAAUGUGUUUUAAAGCAUUGCAUUUACAAAAGGAGUAAAAUGCUGUAAAUACUGCUUAUUUUAUGUAUUUGGACCAAAAGGUUUAAAGUAACUAGUUUAAAGUGGUUUUUUGCACCAGUUCUGUUAUAUGUGAAGUGAAAAACAUCACAUCUACUUCCUGGUAAACUGUUGGACAUUGCUGAAAUGCACUUCAGUGACCUCUCUGACUUCAAUACCAGAACGUUGUCCAGGGAUUCUCUUUACAGAAAUGUAGUCCUCGUCCUUUUAUUAUAGUAAGAGGGAAAGAAGAAAAAUGUCAUGUGUAGUCCGGUUGAGAAAGAUGCAGUGAACUUGAUUGACAUAAUUGUAUUUAUGUAACUGCCUUAUGUGACUAUUGUAAAUUUGUGAGUUGCCAUUAUUAACAAUGUGAAACACCUGGUAGAUGAAGUAAAUUGAAAUUUGAGAACAGA